CGACAUCGCAAAUUCGCAAUGUACAGGUAAUCCCACGCGAGACACAGCCUAUUCAUACGACUACACUACAUCUAUUAUUGCUGCUCUCGCCCUCUCGCCUCUCGCCCUCUUGACCUCUUGACUCUCUGCAUCGUUACGUCCGCAUACUUACAAUAUUUCUUCGCCCCGUGUUCCAAAAUGCGGAGUCUACCAUUUAUCGGCCUCUUGGUCGCCAGCGCACAAGCAAUCUGGCCAAUUCCCACAGAAUACAAGCAUGGCAAUGGCGUUCUUUGGAUCUCCAAGGAUAAGGUCAAUAUUACCUACAACGGUCCUGGAUCUAAGCCCAGUGGAGGCCAUGGCUAUGGCAACAAGAUUGUCGAAAAUGCUAUACACAGGACUUGGGACACUUUGGAAAGCAGGAAUUUUGUGCCUUGGAAAUUGCGACCACGAUUGUCGGAUUUUGAACCAGAUGCCAGUAACGGGAAAUACAUAACUUCCAUCACUCUGCAGCAGGAUGGCGCUGAUCCCGCUGAUAUCGGGAGACCGGCUGGCAAGAUCGACGAGUCUUACAAGCUAGAGGUAUCCGAAGAUGGCAAGGUCACAGUGUCCGCGAAGACGUCAAUUGGCAUACUCUACGGACUUACCACAUUCACACAACUGUUUUUCAAGUCCUCAAAAGGCGGUGUAUAUACGACUCUCGCACCUGUGUCUAUCACUGAUGCACCGAAAUUCUGGUGGCGUGGACUCAACGUCGAUACUUCGCGCACUUUCAAGCCACUGUCCGACAUGUACGCCAUGAUCGAUGGACUUUCAUACAACAAGAUGAAUCGCCUCCAUUGGCAUAUUACUGAUGCUCAAUCAUGGCCACUCGUCAACCCGGCCCUACCAGAAGUGGCAGAGAAGGGUGUCUACGAAGCAUCUCAGAAAUACUCUCCUGAAGACGUCAAAGCGGUGCUGGAAUAUGGUUCCCUCCUCGGCGUAGAAGUAGCCAUGGAGAUUGACAUGCCAGGCCACACUUCCUCCAUCUGGUACUCUCACCCAGACCUGAUCGCAGCAUUCAACAAACAACCCGACUGGACAACAUACUGCGCAGAACCCCCGUGCGGAUCUCUAAAACUAAACUCCACCAAAGUCUACGACUUCCUCAACAAACUUCUCGAUGACCUCCUCCCAAGAAUCAAGCCUUCAACCAGCUUCUUCCACCUCGGCGGCGACGAAGUCAACAAAAACACCUACCUCCUCGACGACACCGUAAAAUCCAACGAAUCCUCCGUCCUUCAACCCCUCAUGCAAAAAUUCAUGGAUCGAAACAUGAAACAAGUCCAAUCCUACAACAUGACACCUUUAGUCUGGGAAGAAAUGCUUCUCGACUGGAACUUGACCUUGCCCAAAAAUACCAUCGUCCAAACCUGGCAGUCCGACGCAGCCGUUGCCAAAGUGACGAAAGCAGGAUACCAAGCCAUCGCGGGAAAUUAUAAUUACUGGUAUCUGGACUGUGGAAAAGGUCAAUGGCUAGAUUUCUACCCCAAGAAUGCAGCGGGUUUCUGGCCUUUCCAGGAUUAUUGUGCUCCGUAUCACAAUUGGAGGGCAGUGUAUAGUUAUGAUCCGCUCAAUGGUGUGCCACAGGAACAACAGCAUUUGGUUAUUGGUGGGGAAACGCAUAUUUGGAGCGAGCAGACUGAUACGGUGAAUUUUCAUCAAAUGGUCUGGCCUCGUACUGCAGCUGCAGCAGAGAUUUUGUGGGCUGGUGGUAGGGAUGCACAGGGACAGAAUCGGUCUCAGAUCGAGGCUUCGCCUCGAUUGGCGGAAAUGAGGGAACGACUUGUUGCGAGGGGAAUUAAGGCUGAGCCUUUCCAGAUGCCGUUUUGUACUCAGAAUGGAACGCAGUGUGCGUUUCCCAGUUCGUAGGAGAGGGAGGAAGAGAUGUGCCGGGUGUAUACAUGAGCAGCAAUG